AUGGAGGCGGACAGAUCCGGCGGAGGACCAAACCCGAACUCCGGUGGCGGCGGCAGCAGCAGUAGUAGCGGAACGGGGCGCAACCCGAACGGGCCCAAAACAGCAGCGGGCCCGGCCAACUCCGCCGCGGCGGCCGGGGCCAUGGCGGCGGCGGCUGCUGCGGCUGCUGCGGCGGCGGCCGGGGCCGUCCCCGGGUCGCUGCAGCCCCGGGAAACGCAGGACGGGGACUCGGGCAUGACGCUUCCCGGAAUCCUGCACUUCAUCCAGUACGAAUGGGGACGCUUCCAGGCCGAGAAAUACCGCUGGGAGGCUGAAAGAGACGAACUCAGGGCUCAGGUGGCAUUUCUACAGGGCGAGAGGAAAGGGCAGGAGAACAUGAAACAGGACCUGGUGAGGCGGAUCAAAAUGCUGGAGUAUGCCCUCAAACAAGAACGGUCCAAGCACCAGAAACUGAAAACAGGAAGUGACCAGAGUCCUGGAGACAAGAAACCAGAGACAGAGGCAGAUCAACUUCCCAAUGGGCCGGCUGAGUCUGACUCUGAGCCAGCCAAUCAGAUGUCCUGGAAGGAGGGCCGUCAACUGCUACGCAAAUAUCUGGAGGAAGUCGGUUAUUCGGACACCAUUCUGGAUAUGCGCUCUAAACGUGUGCGGUCUCUGCUGGGGCGGAGCAGCCCAGAGGCUAACGGGCCCCCAUCUGGUGAGAGCCCUCCUGAGCCUGAGCCACGAGCAGGUGGAGAGUCCUUGCUGGUCAGACAAAUAGAGGAACAAAUUAAAAGGAAUGCGGGUAAGGAAAGCUCUAAGGUGCGCGCAGGUGGCUCAGUCCUGGAUAAGAUCCCUUUCCUUCAUGGCUGUGAGGAUGAUGAUGAAGAUGACAGUGAUGAGGAAGAUGACUUCCAAGGCAUGGCCACUGAUUGCAUCGAUGGUCCUCGAAAAAACAAAAAGACUCGCGUAAAGAUGAGUUCAGAGCCGAUGACCACAGAUCUGGACCCUGAGGAUGAGGAGGACGAAGACGACUCAGAAGACGCCCUCAGUGAAUUUGACUUUCUUGGCUCGGGGGAGGAUGGGGAGGGGGCGGGAGAGGCCCGGAUAUCGGGGGAUGGACGGGAGUUAGAGAACCGCAGGAACAAGUUACAAGGCAUGAUGUCGGAUUUCCCCCCUAAACCUACCCCACCCCCCUCUGUAUCGGGACAAGCUCGUUCCGGAGAAGGUGGUGCUCUGGGUUUUUCCUCUGAUGUCUUCAUUAUGGAUGCAGUUGGAGGAGGGGACAUGAACCUGGGUGAACUGGCUGAUCUCACCGUCGCCAAUGACAAUGAUCUCUCUAUGGAUAUGCAGGAUAACAGAGAGGAGUUCAAGAAGACGUGGAACCCGCGUUUUACACUACGCAGCCACUUUGAUGCCAUCCGGGCCUUGACCUUUCACCCCAGCCAAGCAGUGCUGCUCACGGCGUCUGAGGACGGUACACUGAAACUGUGGAACCUCAACAAGGCCAUGCACUCUAAAAAGAAUGCAGCUCUGGAUGUGGAGCCCAUCUACACUUUCAGAGCACACAGUGGAGCGGUUCUGUCUCUGACAAUGAGCGAGGAUGGAGAGUCUUGCUAUAGUGGAGGUUUGGAUGGAACUGUUAGGUGUUGGAAGAUGCCUGAUCUCAAUGUAGAUCCAUAUGAUAACUAUGAUCCUGGCAUUGAGAGCAGUGUACUUGCGGGCCAUGAGGACAGCGUUUGGGGCCUGACUUACUCCUCAGUUCACCACCGUCUUGCUUCGUGCUCAGCUGACGCCACCAUUCGCAUCUGGGAUCCUCAAAACUCGUCUCCCUGUCUGUCUGUCUUCAAUAAGGAGCGAGAGCGUGGAACACCCACCUCAGUGGCCUUUGUGGCCACUGACCCCAACCAGGUGGUGGUGUCGUUUGACGCUGGCGAGACAUUGCUCUACGACCUCAACACAGAGCAGAGUGUCACUGUACUGGAGACGCAGACAAAAGACGGCAGUGAACUGAUCAACCGUGUUGUGAGUCACCCAACAGAGCCAGUCUCCAUCACUGCACAUGAGAAUCGCACCAUCAGAUUCCUUGAUAACAAGACAGGUAAAGUCGUCCACUCAAUGGUGGCCCACUUGGACGCGGUCACUUGUCUUACUACAGACCCUAAAGGCACUUACCUCAUAUCUGGCAGUCACGACUGCUCCGUGCGCUUGUGGAUGCUGGACAACAGGACGUGCGUGCAGGAGAUCACCGCCCACAGGAAAAAGCACGAUGAGGCCAUUCAUGAUGUGGCCUUCCACCCUUCCCAGCCCUUCAUUGCCAGUGCCGGCGCAGAUGCACUUGCCAAGAUCUUUGUGUGA